CAUCCGAAACCGGGGUCUGCUAAUUGAGAUCCACAUCAGGAUGGUCUAUCUACGAACGCAUCUACGAAGCCCUCCAGGGUGCACGUACGGCGAGAGCAAAGAUGUCCACGCGGUCACUCAGAUUGAGGAGAUAGAGGGGAUGGGAUGGAGUGAGUUCGAAGAGGCGCACGAAUCAUGCUCUUCGGACUUUAACCCAGUUGCCCUGCGUUUCGAGACCAUUCAGCCUCAGCCUUCUCCAUCAUAGUCCUUGACCGAACUCAUCCUUCGUAUCGUAUAGCAGUUCAAACUCGAGCCUGGCGCCAUGGCAAACCAACCGUAUACCCCCAAGCCGAUCACCGACAUCUUCACAGCGGAUACAGACAUCGACCGCAGGCAAUGCAAGCGAGUUGUUCCUAUGCGUGUCCUAGCUCUAGGCCUGGGGCGGACCGGCACAGCCUCUCUCCGUUCCGCUCUCCAAGAGCUCGGUUUCACAGACACUUAUCACAUGAUGUCUGCGAGUGUAGAGAACCCACCAGACUGCUUGAUGUGGCAAGACGCAUUCGCAGCGAAGUUCGACAACGAAGGCGAAUUCGGCCGUGAACAGUGGGAUCAGCUACUUGGCCACUGCCAGGCUGUAUGUGACUGGCCUGCCGUUGCAUUCGCGAAAGAACUUAUCGAAGCGUAUCCCGAGGCGAAGGUCCUCAUCACAACACGAGAUGUCGAUUCGUGGCAUGCAUCAACACUCAAGACCGUAGACUGGCGAGCCAACGAUCUCGAACUCAAGUUCGUCGCACAAUGGGAUUGGGGCGCCGGCCUCUACCAGCCCAUGCUGCACAAGUUCUGGUCCACAUUCUUCAAAGGCGACUUCAACAAGUACGGCAAGCAAGUCUUCAACGACUACUACGCUGAGCUGCGCGCUCUUGUGCCACCAGAGAACCUGCUCGAGUACAAGAUGGGCCAGGGAUGGGAGCCGCUGUGCAAUUUCCUCGAGGUGCCUGUUCCAAAGGGCAAGCAGUUUCCGCAUGUCAACGAUACAGAUGGCUUCGUCGACCGGUGCAAGGCGAGGAACAGGGCGCAGAUGUGCAAUGUGCUUUUCCGCGGAUUCGUUAUGGGCGGUGGAUUGAUUGCGGCGGUGCUGAGUACCAGUGCGACUAUGCACAAGCUUGGCCUUGGGGGCAAGCUUCCAUCCUUGACAGGUUUCCUGCGCGCUUGAUUUCUUGCUGUCGACUGGAGUUAUUGGAGUUGAGGGUGUUGUCAUUUCUGGACGGAUCUGGAGCUUUCGAACCCGGCGUUCAUU